GGGGAAACGGCGACACCCUCUGGUUAGAAGAUGAACUGCGGCGCUCUCUUUUUAUCAUAACACGAGGACAUAGAAAAAAAGGCAUAUGAAAUUAUUCAGUAAAUUAAUAAAUGCUUUAUUUCCGGCAUCCUUCUACAAAGAAGUGAUAAUAAAAUUUCGCAAGUAAACUUUUACGUCGUCAUGGCAUAGAACGUGCCCGGAAGUUGUGUCAUUUUAGCGCCAAACUUGAAUGGCGUGCUGACGUCACAGACUGAGGAAGUAAACAGUGACUUCAUUAUAGAUUUAUCAGGAUGAGCAGCCCGGCCUCUGCUGGAGGGUCGUGGAGGGGAGGAGGAGGAGACGGCUCGGGUGCUAGAGGAGGAUGGAGAGGAAGAGGAGGAGACGACACAGGUUCUACAGGAGGGUGGAGAGGAAGAGGAGGAGAUGGCUCGGGUGCUAGAGGAGGAGGCUGGAGAAGAGGAGGAGGAGACGGGUCAGGUGCAAGAGGAGGAGGAGACGGAGGGUGGAGAGGAAGAGGAUAUAAUGCUGGUCAGAACAGAGGCGGGAGAGGUCGGCCCUGGAACAGAGGAGGAAGAGGAAACUAUUACACCAACAACAAACAACACAGAAUAACUCCAGCAGUCAGUCAAGCACGCAUCAUCCAGUCAACUCUUGAUAUCACGUGUCCAUAUAAAGGCUGGAGACUUUAUUUCUCUGAAGGUUUUGUGGAGAGUUCACCGUAUGUCGAGAAGAUCAAGGCAUUUGAGCAGUACUUCACGUCACAAAUUGAUCUUUAUGAUAAGGAUGAAAUUGAAAGGAAAGGAAGCAUUCUGGUGGAUUAUAAAGACCUUCUCUCAAACAAGCAGAUAUCACAGACUUUACCCGACCUCGCCAAAGAGCUGAAAGAAAUGCCAGAGAAGAUCCUGGACUGCUUGGGUUUAGCAAUUCAUCAGGUGUUGACUGUUGAUCUUGAGAGACACGCGGCUGAACUCCAGGGACAGGAGGAGCUGCCUGCCAGUCUGAGACCCAUAAUCAACACCCCUCAUAUCAGCGCCAGGCUUUAUAACUUCGAGCCUCUGACUCCUUUAAAAAGUCUGAGAGCGAAUUUAUACGGCAAGUUGGUUGCGAUCAGAGGUACGGUGGUACGAGUGAGUAACAUCAAGCCUCUGUGCAGUAAGUUGGCCUUCACCUGUAACUCCUGUGGAGACACACAGAGCGUGACGCUGCCGGAUGGAAAAUACUCCACACCCACUAAAUGUUUACAGGUAGAAUGUCGUGGACGGUUGUUCACACCAAACAGAAGUUCACCCUUGACCCUCACUGUCGACUGGCAAACAAUCAAAGUUCAGGAGCUGAUCUCAGAUGACCAGCGUGAGUCCGGUCGAAUCCCGCGCACCGUUGAAUGUGAACUCACGCAGGAUCUGGUGGACAGCUGUGUGCCCGGAGACAUGGUGACCAUCACGGGUGUUAUUAAAGUGUCCAGCGAUGACGGAAGUGGGCGACACAAGAAGGACAAGUGCAUGUUCCUGCUGUACAUUCAGGCAAAUUCAGUGAGUAACUCAAAGGGACAGAAGAGCAAAGCGUCCUCUGAGACGGAAGGACAGGGACCUUCUGUGGAGUUCUCCAUUAAAGAUCUCUACGCCAUCCAGGAGAUUCAAGCUCAGGACGACCUCUUCAAACUGAUAGUGAACUCACUUUGUCCUGCUAUUUACGGCCAUGUGCUUGUUAAAGCAGGAUUAGCUCUGGCUCUGUUUGGCGGAUGUCAGAAGUAUGUUGAUGAUAAGAAUCGGAUCCCCAUACGAGGAGACCCUCAUAUGCUAAUCGUUGGUGAUCCUGGACUGGGUAAAAGCCAGAUGUUACAGGCCGUGUGUAACGUGGCUCCGCGGGGUGUUUAUGUUUGCGGGAACACAACCACCACCUCAGGACUGACUGUGUCUCUGUCCCGGGACAGCGGAUCUGGAGAUUACGCUCUAGAGGCCGGAGCUCUGGUGUUGGGAGAUCAAGGGAUGUGUUGUAUCGAUGAGUUUGAUAAGAUGGGCAGUCAGCAUCAGGCGCUGCUGGAGGCCAUGGAGCAGCAGAGCAUCAGUUUGGCUAAAGCCGGGAUCGUCUGCACACUUCCAGCUCGAACUUCCAUCAUCGCAGCAGCCAAUCCUGCGGGAGGACAUUAUAAUAAAGGCAAGACUGUCUCCGAGAACCUCAAAAUGGGCAGUGCACUGCUGUCCAGGUUUGAUCUGGUCUUUAUCCUGUUGGACACUCCAAACGAAGACCACGAUCACCUGCUGUCUGAACACGUGAUGGCCAUGCGUGCAGGAAAGACGGGGGCGAUUAGCAGCGCUGCGGUGACACGCUGCGGCACGCAGGAGUCCAACAUCUCCAUACUGGAGGUCUCGACGGAGAAACCCCUCGCUGACAGACUCAAAUUGCUUCCUGGCGAGAAUCUUGAUCUCAUUCCGCACCAGCUUCUGCGGAAGUAUGUGGGUUACGCCCGACAUUACGUUCACCCCACGCUGUCCGCAGAGGCCGCGCGAGUUCUGCAGGACUUUUAUCUGGAGCUGCGCAAACAGAACCAGACAGCGGACAGCACGCCCAUCACCACCCGUCAGCUGGAGUCUCUCAUCCGUCUGACAGAGGCGCGAGCUCGUGUUGAGCUGAGAGAGAAAGCAACACAAAGUGAUGCAGAAGAUGUGGUGGACAUCAUGAAGCACAGCUUAAUCGACACGUAUUCAGAUGAAUUUGGCCGUCUGGAUUUCGACCGUUCUCAUCUCGGCUCUGGAAUGAGUAACCGCUCCAAAGCCAAGAAAUUUAUCACGGCGUUAAACAAGCUUGCUGAGCGCCAACGAAGAACCAUGUUUGAGAUCCAGGAGUUACAACAACUCGCCAAAGAUCUACAAAUACAGGUUGUGGAUUUUGAGGGUUUCGUCAGUGCUCUCAAUGAACAGGGAUACCUUCUGAAGAAAGCUCACAGGACCUAUCAGCUUCAGACUGUGUGAUAUUUAUAGUGUGUCAAGCCGAGUUCACUGUUGUGUGUUAUGUUUUAAAUGCAGAAAAAUAUAUAUGUAUGUGUUAAUGUUAAAAUAAAAGUUUCAAUGUUGUAGUUUUAAACUGUACAUUUUUAUGUACAUAAAUAUAGACAAAUCUCACAGUUGUAGUGGAUAAAAUUAAUUAAACUGAACAGUGACUGUCUUAAUAAUAAAACAGAAUCCUUCAAUUGGUAUGCAUUGUGGUAUUUAAUAUACU